ACCGAAAGUAGCUAAACAUAAUUGGCAUACCCAUAACCCUAUAUAAUUUUCAUCUCCUCCCAAAAAAAAAACUUGAGAUAUCAUGGAGGUUCACAUCUUGCUUUUAUUUGUUACACUAUCCCUAGUCAUCAUCCGGUUCAUUCUGAACCGCUACCUUAAAAAAAACCAGCCACCCGGUCCAACCGGCCUCCCCAUAAUCGGAAACCUCCAUCAACUGGGUCCCAAACCCCACAUCACCCUUUCCUCUCUAGCCAAAACCUACGGCCCCCUCAUGUCCCUCCGCCUCGGCUCCGUCAGCGUCGCCGUCGUCUCCUCCCCCGCCGCCGCCCAAGAAAUCCUCCAAAAGAACGACCAAGCCUUCGCCAACCGCCCCAUCCCGGAAUCCGUGGCGGCGCAGCCCAACGUCGGCGACACCCUAGCCUGGGCCCCCGGCGACCACCGGUGGCGCAACCGGCGCCGCAUCUGCACAACCCAGAUAUUCACAACCCAACGGCUGGAUCUCCUCCAACACCUGCGGCAGCGCAAAGUGCAGGAAGUGGUGCAACACCUUCAGAAGCAAGGUGAAAGGAGAACAGUGGUGGAGAUUGGCGAGGUCGCGUUCGCCACCAUGCUGAACCUAGUGUCGAACACGGUGUUCUCGGAGGACAUGGUGGACCGUGAGUUCGAGAGCGCCGGUGAGUUCAAGGAGUUGGUGUGGAGGAUCAUGGAGGACGCUGGGAAGGUGAACCUUUCGGACUAUUUUCCGGUGGUGAAAAAGUUGGAUUUGCAAGGCGUGAAGAGACACGUGAAGGUUUCUUACGAGAGGUUGCAUGAGAUUUUUGAUGAUAUGAUUCGAAAACGUAUCGGAGAUGGAGAUAACGGAGAGAGUUUGCGCGGUACAUAUGGUGAUUUCUUGGAUGUGUUGCUUUAUCAUUGUCAACAAGAAGGUUCUGAUUUCAGUGUUGAAAGCAUCAAGCCAUUGAUUCUGGAUUUGUUUAUUGCGGGAAGUGACACUUCAGGAUCAACAACAGAAUGGGCAAUGGCAGAGCUUCUACACAACCCACAAGUAAUGCAAAAAGCAAGAAAAGAACUGAUCCAAGUAAUUGGCAUCACCAAUGAAGUCAAAGAAUCAGACAUACCUAGACUUCCAUAUAUCCAAGCAAUAGUGAAAGAAACCCUUCGUCUUCAUCCGCCUGUACCCCUUCUCUUACCCUAUGUUGCUGCCAAUGAUGUUGAAGUAAGUGGAUACACCAUUCACAAAGGAAACCAAGUUCUCAUAAAUGCAUGGUCUAUUGGCAGAGACCCCAACUUCUGGGAUGAUCCAUUGUUAUUUCAACCUGAAAGGUUUCUUAGGUCCAACAUAGAUUUUAAAGGCAGGGAUUUCGAGUAUUUACCUUUCGGUGCUGGUAGAAGAAUUUGCCCUGGUUUGCCACUCGCUAAUAGGAUGAUUACUUUGAUGUUGGCUGCGUUCAUUCAUUCUUUUGAAUGGCAGCUUCCUGAGGGUGUCACUCCUGAAACGCUUGACAUGAGUGAGCAAUAUGGAAUAACAUUGAAGAAGUUUGCCCCUCUUUGUGCUAUUCCAAUAUCAGUAUGAAACUUCUUGAGAUAUGAAGAAGUUUAGGAA